AUGGUUUUCGCUGCUGCUGGUGUUGCGGCCGUCGGCCUCCUGAACGGUUACUGGGGACAACACAGCACUCCCGGUGGCCUCAGGACACACUGCGAUGCUGGUAUUGAUUCCGUCACCCUUGGUUUUGUUAGCAGCGCCCCUGAUUCCUCUGGAUAUCCCGGUGUCAACUUUGGACCCAACUGUUGGGCAGAUUCAUACCCUGACCCCAAUACUGGCUUGCCCACAAAACUCUUGAGCCACUGCAUGACCCUCCAGCAGGAUAUUCCUUACUGCAGAUCCAAAGGUGUCAAGGUCAUUCUCAGUAUCGGAGGAGUAUAUGACCCCAUAUUCGACAACUACAAGGUUACAGACAACACCACAGCUUCCAACUUUGCCAACUUCCUUUACAAUGCUUUUGGUCCUUACAACUCAAGCUGGACGGGACCUCGCCCCUUUGACGCGAGUCCCAUUGACCACACCGCCGUUGAUGGUUUCGAUUUCGAUCUUGAGCCCCCCCCAACCAGCGCCAUCAGCCCUGCCUGGUCAAUGGUACCUUACAUCAAGAUGGUUGAGACGUUCCGUGCUCUGAACCCGUCCCUGAUUAUGACUGCUGCCCCCCAGUGUCCUACCAACCCUCAAUACUUUGCCAUGAAGGACCUGAUCCAAAACGCCGCCUUUGACAAGCUUUUCAUCCAGUUUUACAACAACCCGGCCUGUGACGCCAUUGCUGGAAACUCACAAGGCGAUAGCUUCAACUACAACGACUGGGAGACCAUUGUUGCCAAUAGCGCAAAGAGCAAGUCGGCUAAGCUGUACAUUGGUCUUCAGGCCCAACCGGCACCCCUUGGAUCAACCGAGUCUGGCUACAUUGACCCCGUUGCUGUGAAGAACCUGGUUUGCCAAAACCAGGGCAAGGCGCACUUUGGCGGUCUUUCGCUGUGGGACCUGUCCCAGGGUCUCUCCAACACUGUCAACGGAACGUCGUUUAACCAGUGGGCUCUCGAGGCGCUGCAGUACGGAUGUAACCCCUUCCCUACUACAACUACCUCGGCAACUACUGUUUCGAGCACAACCACCUCUAAGGCGUCUUCCACGACUUCCAAGGCUUCAUCCACAACCUCCAAGGCUUCAUCGACAACCUCCAAGGCUUCAUCGACAACCUCCAAGGCGUCUUCCACGACUUCCAAAGCUUCGUCGACAACCUCCAAGGCGUCUUCCACUACAUCUAAGGCGUCUACUACAUCUAAGGCUUCAUCGACUACUUCCAAGGCUUCGACUACUUCCAAGGCGUCCACGACCUCAAAGGCUUCUACUACCUCAAAGGCGUCGACGACUUCCAAAGCCUCUACCACUUCCAAGGCAAGCUCUACUUCCAAAGUAAGCUCUACCUCCAAGGCUUCGACAACUUCCAAGGCUUCGACCACCUCUAAGGCUUCAAGCACAUCUAAGGCUUCGUCGACGACUUCCAAGGCUUCGACCACCUCCAAGGCUUCGACCACCUCCAAGGCUUCGACCACCUCCAAGGCUUCGACCACCUCCAAGGCUUCGACCACCUCCAAGGCUUCGACCACCUCCAAGGCGUCUACUACCUCUAAAGCCUCGACAACUUCCAAAGCCUCGACAACUUCUAAGGUGUCAAGCACUUCCAAGGCUUCAAGUACAUCCAAGGCUUCAAGCACUUCCAAGGCGUCUACCACCUCCAAGGUCUCGACAACUUCCAGGGCCUCGACCACCUCCAAGGCUUCAACUACCUCUAAAGCCUCGUCAACUUCAAAGGCGUCUACAACCUCAAAGGCAACCUCCACUUCUAAGGCCUCAACAACUUCCAAGGCGUCGACAACUUCAAAGGCCAGCACCACUUCCAAAGUGAGCUCCACCUCGAAGGCGUCCAUAACCUCGAAGGUUUCUUCUACUUCUAAGGUAUCUUCUACUUCCAAGGUGUCCUCCACCUCCAAGGUGUCCACGACCUCUAAGGCCACCUCUAGUUCUAAGGCGUCUACCACCUCCAAGGCCUCGUCAACUUCUAAAGCUUCGUCUACUUCCAAAGUCUCUUCAAGUUCCAAAGCGUCUUCGACUUCCAAAGCUUCUUCAACCUCUAAGCCUUCUUCCACUCCCAAGUUGAGCACUACAUCCAAGGUGUCUACUACGUCUAAGGUGUCUACUACGUCUAAGGUGUCUACCACGUCUAAGGCCAGCACCACGUCUAAGGCGAGUUCUACUUCCAAGCCUAGCACUACCGUGAAGCCCAGCACCACUUCCAAGGCGAGCACCACUUCCAAGGCGAGCACCACCUCCAAAGCAAGCUCUACCGUGAAACCUAGCACCACUUCCAAGGCCAGUUCUACUGUGAAGCCUAGCACUACCUCGAAAGUAAGCUCCACCUCCAAGGCCAGCUCUACUUCCAAGGCGAGCUCUACGGUGAAGCCUAGCACCACCUCCAAGGUGACCACCUCCACCAAGGUAUCUACAACUGCGAAGCCAAGCACUACGUCCAAGCCAACUACUUCUACGAAGCCCACCACCUCCGCUAAGCCUACGACCUCUACCACAUCUGUGAAGGCUUCGACUUCGAGCAAGCCUACCGUGUCGGCAUCUAGCACGAACGUGGGUAGGGGUGUGACCAGCUCAACCAUUAGCUCCACCUCUUCCGGCGUCCUGUACCCCACGACAACGAGCAGGUGGUCCAACUCGACGAUUUCUCGUGGCUCGGCGUCGACUACUCCUGCCGGCUCUGCGACUGUCUCCCUCACGACGAGCGUUGUUUACACAACGUCUGUGCACACCGUUACCAAGUGCCCGUCCUACGUGACCGACUGCCCGGCAGGAGGCUAUGUGACCACGGAGACCAUUGCUCUGUACACUACCGUCUGCCCCGUCAGCGAGGCAACCCAGACUGCUGCGCCUGUGACCACGGAGGCUUCCCAGCCCGUGACCACAGAGGCCUCUCAGCCUUGGACCACCAGCACUGUGUACACGACCAGAGUCUACACCAUCACAUCUUGUGCUCCUGAUGUCCCCAACUGCCCGGCGAACCAGGUUACCACCGAGACGAUUCCCUUGUACACCACUGUGUGCCCCGUGACGGCGGCAGCUACCAGCACCCCCGUUGGACCCGCCAGUGUCGAGUUCCCUCAGAACACGGACGUUGGACAGCCUUCUGCCGGUGCUCCCGUCGUUGAAGCUGCCUACCCCACUGCCUCCAGCGUCCAGACCAUUGUCAAGCCUGCCACCUCCGUCGGAGUGCCUCAGGGUCCUUAUGGUGGAAGCAGCGUUGUCACGAGCUCUCCAAGCCAGCCGACCAACCCUGCGGGUUCUCCCAGCUAUCCCAGCGGCGGUCCCGGCAAUGCGGCGCCUUCUGGAAGCUGGAGCGGCGUGCCCGUUGGUCCUUCUACGGUCCCUAGCAUUCCUGGAGCAAACGGUGCCUCUGUGAUGAGUGCUAGCCUGAUGGGUUUGGCCAUUGUUGUGGCUGCACAGGUUUUCGUUCUGUAG